GCAAGGGCGAGGAGGGAGGCGAUUCUUCAGCGCUGCCGCAAUGACGACGGAGCAGCUGGUGUAAAUGACUGCUACUGCCUCCCAGACCAAGAUAACCUGCUCAGUCAGCUGGAGCCCCCUGUGGACAGCUGUCUCUCUCUCUCAGCUGAUGGAAACUGCUACUAGCCACUGAAUGGGGGAGAGUGAAGUAACAACCACAGUACCAGCAGCUGCAGCACCAGCGGUGGCGGUGGCAGCAGCAGCGGCAGCAGCAGCAAGCAAGGGCUCUAUUGUUCCCUGGUGUUAAACAGUUUUUCCUUUUCAACUGGCAUGCACAAUAGCUGGAAAGCAAUUUCCCUUCUGCCCUCCCUGUGAAGAAAUUCAGAAGGGGGGGGCGCGCGCGACGAGAUUAUUCACGCAAGGGUUCUCCAUUGUGCGGCAGAUUUUGACACUGAAGCAGGUUUCUGGAAGGCAUGGGGCUGAGAGAGAGGAGCACAGCUUUAUCCGGUGGUCCAGGGGCUUCUGCUCUUCCAAGCAAGUGGAUUGGAGUUCUUGUGCUUCUCCUCUUUGGGAUCCGGGGAGCAAAGGCACAAAGUGAAUUUGAAACUUCAUCUGUGUAUUUAUGGAAGACGGGUCCAUGGGGCAGGUGUAUGGGAGAUGAAUGUGGCCCAGGAGGCACCCAGACCCGAGCCAUCUGGUGCGCCCAUGUGGAAGGAUGGACCACACUGCUCACGAACUGCAAGCAGGCAGACAGGCCUGACAACCAGCAGAACUGCUUCAGGGUUUGCGACUGGCACAAGGAACUGUAUGACUGGCAACUGGGCAAGUGGAACCAUUGCCAGCCGGUUCUUUCCAGGAACGUUGAGAAGCCAGCCGAGUGCGUCAAAGGGGAAGAAGGGAUUCAGAGGAGGGACGUUACUUGUGUCCAGAAAUCAAACGGUGUUGUAGCCGAGGACACGAUUUGUGAGUAUUUUGAGCCCAAGCCUCAGCUAGAACAGGGGUGCCUCAUCCCGUGCCGGCAAGACUGCACUGUGUCUGAGUUCUCAGCCUGGUCGGAAUGUUCUAAGAGCUGUGGCCAAGGGCUGAGAUAUCGUUUCCACCAUAUUGUCUCCCCACCUCUGUACGGGGGCGCCGCCUGUCCUAACCUUACUGACUUCCAGGUGUGCACCUCCUCCCCGUGCGCCACCGAAGAAAGCCUGUAUAACCUGAACAUGGGGCCAUGGAGUAGCUGUUCGGUGCCCCACUUGCGGCACAUCAGGCAGGCAAGGAAACGUGGGAAGAACAAAGAAAAGGACAAGGACAAGGAGAAAGCAAUAAAGGAUCCAGAGGCCCGUGAGCUUAUCAAGAAGAAGAGGAAUCGCAACAGACAGAACAGACAAGAGAACAAAUAUUGGGACAUACAAAUUGGAUAUCAGACGAGGCAGGUGAUGUGCAGUCACAGAAAUGGGAAGACCGUUGCCUUGAGCUUUUGUCAACAAGAGAAGUUGCCAAUUACGUUCCAGUCCUGUGUGAUCGCUAAAGAAUGCCAGGUGUCAGAAUGGUCUGAAUGGAGUCCAUGUUCCAAAACAUGUUUUGAUAUGACGUCCCCUAAAGGUAAUCGUACAAGAACACGGACCAUUAAGCAGUUUCCUAUUGGCAGUGAAAGCGAGUGUCCAGAGCUAGAAGAAACAGAGCAGUGUGUGUCUCAAGGAGAUGGGGUGGCUCCGUGUAUCACGUAUGGCUGGAGAACCACGGAGUGGACAGAAUGUCGCAUUGACCCUUUACUUAGCCAACAGGACAAACGACGAGGCAAUCAAACAGCUCUUUGUGGAGGUGGCAUUCAGACGCGGGAGGUGUAUUGUGUGCAAGCUAAUGAAAAUCUCCUCUCCUAUUUAAAUACUCUGAAGGAAAAAGAAGAAAGUCAGUCACAGAGUACAUCGAAGGCUAGUGCUGCACCACUUCUAUCCAUCACUUUUGAAAUAACAGCAUCCAAACCUGUGGACUGGAAACUGUGCACAGGCCCUAUUCCUAGCACGGCCCAGUUGUGCCAUAUCCCAUGUCCCAUAGAAUGUGAGGUGUCAACCUGGUCAGCUUGGGGGCCAUGCACAUUUGAAAGCUGUGAUGACCAACAAGCCAAAAAAGGCUUUAAACUAAGAAAACGUCGCAUCACAAAUGAACCCACAGGAGGCACUGGCAAUUGCCCUCAUCUGCUUGAAGCCAUCCCGUGUGAAGAACCUUCUUGCUAUGACUGGAGGAUAGUAAGACUGGAGGAAUGCAUUCCAGACAAUGAGAAGGAAUGUGGGCCUGGUACUCAGGUUCCUCAGGUGGUCUGUAUCAACAGUGAUGGAGAAGAGGUUGAUAGACAGCUGUGCAGAGAUGCUAUCUAUCCAGUCCCCAUUGUCUGCGAAGUGCCAUGCCCAAAGGAUUGUGCGCUCAGCACGUGGUCUGGAUGGUCCUCCUGCUCGCACACCUGCUCAGGCAAAAACACAGAAGGAAAGCAGAUGCGUGCCCGUUCUAUCUUGGCAUACGCAGGUGAAGGUGGACUUCAGUGCCCAAACAGCAGCAUGCUACAGGAAACACGCAACUGCAAUGAACAUUCAUGUACCGUGUACCACUGGCAAACAGGAGCUUGGGGUCAGUGUAUAGAAGAUGUUUCUGUGUCAGCAUUCAACUCUUCUACUGGCUGGAAUGGUGAGGCGACCUGUGCUGUUGGGAUGCAGACAAGGAAAGUUAUCUGUGUGAGAGUCAACGUGGGACAAGUAGGACCCAAAAAAUGUCCUGAAAGUCUUCGCCCUGAGACUGUUAGACCUUGCUUGCUACCCUGUAGGAAGGAUUGCAUUGUGACCCCUUACAGCGAUUGGACACCAUGCCCUUCAUCAUGUCAAGAAGGGGGUGUUACCAUCGCAAAACAGUCUCGACAUCGAGUAAUCCUGCAACUCCCUGCGAAUGGCGGCCGUGACUGCCCAGAUACUUUGUAUGAGGAAAAGGAUUGCGAUGCGCCUCCCGUCUGCUUGUUUUACAGAUGGAAGACACACAAAUGGCGCAGGUGUCAACUUGUACCAUGGUAUAUUCGUCAAGACAGCCCAGGUGCCCAGGAGACGUGUGGUCCUGGUCUACAAGCAAGAGCUAUUACUUGCCGCAAACAAGAUGGUGGACAGGCUGACAUCCGCGAAUGCCUUAAGUAUGCAGGCUCCUUACCAUCUUUAACACAACUCUGUCAGAUCCCAUGCCAAGAUGACUGUCAAUUUACAAGCUGGUCAAAGUUCUCUUCUUGCAAUGGGGACUGUGGAGCAGUUAGGACGAGGAAGCGCUUUCUUAUUGGAAAAAGUAAGAAGAGGGAGAAAUGCAAAAAUCCUCAGCUGAAUCCACUGAUGGAGACCCAGUUCUGCCCUUGUGACAACUAUAAUGCCCAGCCUGUGGGGAACUGGUCAGACUGUAUUUUACCGGAGGGCAAGGUGGAUGCACUACUGGGAAUGAAAGUGCAAGGAGACAUCAAAGAGUGUGGGCAAGGCUACCGCUACCAAGCCAUGGCUUGCUAUGAUCAAAACAGCAGGCUCGUUGAAACAGCACGAUGCAACAGUCAUGGAUACAUCGAGGAAGCUUGCAUCAUUCCAUGCCCCUCGGACUGCAAGCUUAGUGAGUGGUCCAACUGGUCUCGCUGUAGUAAAUCCUGUGGCAGUGGGGUAAAGGUCAGGUCGAAAUGGCUCCGGGAGAAGCCCUACAAUGGUGGAAGACCCUGCCCCAAGUUGGAUCAUGUCAAUCAGGCUCAGGUAUACGAGGUGGUCCCAUGCCACAGCGACUGCAGCCAGUAUAUAGGGGUCACAGAACCAUGGAGUGUGUGCAAAGUAACUAAUGUGGACUUAAAGGAAAAUUGUGGUGAGGGUGUGCAAACCAGAAAAGUGAGAUGCAUGCAAAACACCAUGGAUGGUCCUUCAGAUACUGUUGAAGACUACCUAUGCGACCAAGAAGAAAUGCCUAUCGGUGCUAGAAAAUGCACAUUGCCAUGCCCAGAGGACUGCGUUAUGUCUGAAUGGGGCCAGUGGUCUAGGUGUUCUUUGCCAUGUAAUGGAAGCAGUGUGAGGGAACGGUCAGCAGAAGUCAUGAGGCAGCCUCAAGAAGGAAAGGCCUGCCCUGCUGCCAUGGAGAUGGAACCCUGCAGUCUGAACAAAAACUGUUACCGCUAUGAUUACAAUGUGACAGAUUGGAGUACAUGCCAGCUCAGUGAGAAAGCUGUCUGUGGUAAUGGGAUCAAGACAAGAAUGCUUGAUUGUGUUCGCAGCGAUGGCAAAUCAGUUGACCUGAAGUACUGCGAAGAGCUCGGCUUGGAAAGGACCUGGCAUAUGAACACAACCUGCGUGGUGGAAUGUCCUGUGAACUGUCAGCUUUCUGACUGGUCUCCGUGGUCUGAAUGCUCCCAGGCUUGUGGCCUAGCUGGAAAGAUGAUACGGAGGAGAACUGUUAUCCAACCCUUCCAAGGUGAUGGGAGACCUUGUCCUUCACAAAUGGAGCAAUUCAAACCCUGCCCAGUAAAACCUUGUUAUCGAUGGCAGUACAGUCAGUGGGCUGAAUGCAGAGUUGAGGAUGCUCAGUGUGGAGAAGGGACAAGAGCCAGAAACAUUUCUUGUGUGGUCUAUGAUGGGUCCAGCGACGACAUUGGCAAAAUAGUGGAUGAAGAAUUUUGUGGGGAAAUUGAACCUGUCAUUGAUGGCAACAAGAAAAUUGUGCUUGAGGAAACCUGCACCCUGCCUUGCCCAGGUGAUUGUUACUUAAAGGAGUGGACAGAAUGGAGCCUUUGUCAGUUGACUUGUUUAAAUGGUGAAGACCUGGGCUUUGGAGGAAUACAGGUUCGAUCACGAGCAGUGAUCAUUCAAGACCUAGAAAAUCAACACCUCUGUCCAGAACAGGUUUUGGACACAAGACAAUGUAAUGAUGGUCAGUGUUAUGAAUACAAUUGGAUGGCCAGCCCAUGGAAAGGAUCUUCUCGGUCAGUAUGGUGUCAAAGGUCGGAUGGUUUGAACGUUACAGGAGGUUGCUUAGUGAUGCGCCAACCAGACGUUGACAGGUCAUGUAAGCCGCCCUGCAGCCAACCCUAUUCUUAUUGUAGUGAGGCUAGAACAUGUACUUGUGAAGAAGGGUACACAGAAGUAAUGUCCUCUGAUGGCACACUUGAGCAAUGCACUCUCAUCCCGGUGGUAGCCAUCCCCACAGCGGAGGACAAAAAGGGAGACGUAAAAACCAGUCGAGCUAUGAACCCCACACAGCCAUCCAGUACCCCAUCAGGACGAGGAAGAACUUGGUUCCUGCAGCCUUUUGGACCAGAUGGCAAGCUGAAGACCUGGGUUUAUGGUGUAGCUGCUGGUGCAUUUGUUUUGCUCAUCUUUAUAAUUUCUAUGAUUUACCUAGCCUGCAAAAAGCCAAAGAAGCCUCAGAGGAGACAGAACAACCGUCUGAAACCUUUAACUCUGGCUUACGAUGGAGAUGCGGACAUGUAAAAUAAUGACUUCCCAUUGACUUUUGUCUCUUGAAGCUAUAGUGUUCAAAAACAGCAUGUACGUUGUGUACAUUACAGAGCAG